AACAACAAUUCUGCUAAUUUUCUUACAUAGUCUGCAGCAUCUACAUACAUCAUCUUCUGCCAUGAAGUUGUUGUUUAAAUUACAGACUCUAAAAUCCUUCUGGACUCUGAAGCCUCCUAAUAGGACUUUUCAUGGACACCCCAGGCUGCUUACCUCUGAUGUAUAUUCACAGUACGAGUCAAUCAGGCGAGGUGAACAGGAAAUACCAAAGUACUUUAAUUUUGCAAGUGACGUACUGGACAAAUGGUCUGAGAUUGAAAAGGCUGGAAAGAGAUCAUCAAACCCUGCAUUUUGGUGGAUAAAUGGAAAAGGAGAAGAAGUGAAGUGGAGCUUUGAGGAGCUUGGGUUCCUGUCUCGGAAAGUGGCCAAUGUGCUGACUAAAGUAUGUGGACUGCAGAAGGGGGACAGAAUGAUUGUGAUCCUGCCGCGAGUCCCAGAGUGGUGGCUGGUGAUUGUGGCUUGCAUGCGAGCAGGAAUUGUCUUAAUUCCAGGAAUAUCCCAGUUAUCAGCCAGAGACAUACUAUAUCGACUCCAGGCGUCAAAGGCCACGUGCAUCAUUACUGAUGACACACUGGCUCCUGCUGUGGACUCAGUGGCAUCUGAGUGUCAGUUUCUGAAAACGAAGCUAAUCGUAUCCAAAGGCAGUAGGGAGGGAUGGCUGAACUUCACUGACCUGCACAAAAACCAAUUGGAUGACCAUUCCUGCGUCAAAACAAAGAUGCAAGACUCAAUGAUGAUCUUCUUUACCAGUGGAACCACAGGUUCUCCAAAGAUGACUGAACAUUCCCAGGGUAGUCUUGGUUUCAGACCUCUUUUAAGUGAAAGGUACUGGUUGGAUUUGACUCCCUCAGACAUGAUAUGGAGCACAGCAGACACAGGAUGGAUACUAGCUUCACUGGCAUCUGUUUUUGAUCCCUGGGUUUUUGGAUCAUGCGUCUUUAUACAUAACCUACCACAGAUUGAAUCAGCAGCCAUCCUGAAUGCUCUCUGCAGAUUCCCCAUUGACGCGCUGGUUGGUGCUCCAACAUUGUUCCGCAUGCUGGUGCAAAAUGAUCUCUCCAACUACAAAUUCAUGAACCUGAAGCACUGCAUGAGUGGAGGGGAGCCACUCAACCCAGAAGUCAUGGAACAGUGGAAAAGCAAGACUGGGCUAGACAUCCAUGAAGUAUAUGGCCAGACUGAAACGGGAAUAAUCUGCUCUGUUUUUAAAGGAAUGAAGGUUAAACCUGGAUCAAUGGGGAAGGCAGCUCCCCUUUAUGAUGUUCAGAUCAUAGACAAACAUGCUAAUAUUCUGCCUCCAGGACAACAGGGGGAAAUUGCUGUCAGAAGCAAACCUAUAAGACCACUUGGUUUAUUCUCUGAAUAUGUAGAUAACCCUAAGAAAACUGAAGAAAGUGAACGUUGGGAUUUUUAUGUCACUGGAGACAGAGGGACUAUGGAUGAAGAUGGAUAUUUUCAGUUUAUUGGAAGAGACGAUGACAUUAUCAUUUCCUCAGGAUAUCGCAUUGGGCCAUUUGAAGUAGAGAAUGCCUUGAUAGAGCACCCAGCAGUAGCAGAAACAGCUGUUGUCAGCAGUCCAGAUCCCCUCAGAGGAGAGGUUGUGAAAGCAUUUGUGGUCCUGUCCCCAACCUUUUCAUCCAGUGACCUGGAGAGCUUAGCCUAUGACUUGCAGGAGCAUGUCAAGAAAAUUACUGCUCCAUAUAAGUAUCCUAGAAAGGUGGAAUUUGUCCGAGAGCUGCCAAAGACAGUCACUGGGAAGAUCAAGAGGAAUGAAUUAAGAAACAAAGAGUGGGGACGAAUGUAG